AUGGAUAGACGUGUAAAUCAUAAAAAAUUUAAAUAUCAUGGAAAUAAAUAUAAUGCACGGAAUUUCCCAUCAUUCAACUAUUUAGAAUAUAAUGCAUGUGAAUUUGAAGAAUCGCCCUCGACAGCAACUGUAAUACCUACAGAAUGUGAACCUGAUAUAGAAGCAGAAAAUAGAGAUAGUAAAGGCAGGAGGAUAAUUCUGAGAGAGUUUUUAUAUGAGGAUCCAGAUUUAUUUGACAGUAAUAACAAAUUUAAACAACAUUAUGGAUUGGAAUGGGAUAUACAACAUUGGAAGAAAGCAGGGGAGGCAGAGACACUAGAUUCUAGCUUUGAUGAGAACCAAAUUAGCCAAAGAAGGCCGAAUAAGGUGGAAAAGGAAUUAAAUAAAAUGCUGUCUCAGCCUGUUAAUAUGACUAAAGCAGAGAGAAUGAUGCAGAAAAUGGGUUGGCAAGGAGGUGCUCUAGGCAAACAUGGUGAAGGUAUAAUUGAACCCAUUGCACCAAAUGCUUCUUAUGCAACAAAAACAAUAGGACUAGGACAAACAGUAAAGAAACGGAAAAAUGAAAUGAAAACGGAAAUAAAAGAAAACUUCGACACCAAUGUUUUACUAUAUGUAUUGGAUUUUGUCAAGAAUGAUUCUGAAAAUGAAAUAGUUUUUGAUCGUCUUUUAUGGAAAAAUGAAAGGAAAUGGGUGCAUAAUAUAAUUGGAGCAAUUUCAAGCAGUGACAGUACUGUUAGUGUUGAUUUUGACACUGUUGCCCAGAUGGAUAUUGCUCAACAGAUAAAUUCGUAUAACAAAUUCCUUCUAACUACAGAAAGUGAAGGAACUGUCCCAAAUCGUUAUUUAUGUUUAUACAAAGAAGCACCAGAACACAUGUAUUUAAUAACACCAGAUGACUUGCGUAAGGAAGACUCUGAUGGCGAAGAUAGUGAAGAACCAAAAGGUACUCCAGAAAAGGAACAAACAGUAGAAUUAAAAAAAGAUACAUUGAGUAAUGACACUAGUAAUGUAGAAAAAGCAAAUAAGCCAAAGUCUAAACAAGAUAAAGAAUGCACUAUAGAAACAUUAUUAGCGACAAUUACAGAAUAUUUCUUGGAAUUCAUUAGCGAUGACAUCUACACGGAGUUCAGAUUUCUUGGGCCAUUUACAGUGAAAGAAAUAAAUGCAAUAAAUAUUUUCAUUGCAAAAUGUACUAAUUGUGAUUACAGUGAAAAUCAUAAACUAAAAGAAGCUUUUCAAAGUAAUGAAUAUAGCAUUGACAUUCAAGAUUUUAAUGGUAGCACUGUGUUCUACAAGCAUAAAGAAGGUACAGAUACGUUGACGUGA